AUGGACACACAAGCAGGAAUAUCUCAGAAGGACAUCUAAUGUUAUCCCUGGAUUGUGACAUAAAAGAUAAUGACAGUAGACAGGAUUCUCCAGGAGAUAACCCCAUUACCCCAAUUGUACAUCCAGCUCUAUCAGCUGAUCCCUCUGAUCCAGGGAAAUGUUCUCCUGAUCACUCUGAUAUUGGUGCAUCUGUUACAGCACUGACAGUAGAUACAGUGUUUCCCUGUUCUAUAGAUGCCAAAUGUUUUACACAAAACACAAAGCCUAUUACCCAUCAGACAGGUAAGGCAGGUGAGAGGCCAUUUCCAUGUUCUAAGUGUGGGAAAUGUUUUGCACAGAAAUCAUCUCUUGUUAUACAUGAGAGAAGUCACACAGGUAAGAAGCCAUUUUCAUGUUCUGAGUGUGGGGAAUGUUUUACAUCCAAAUCAUAUUUUGUUAUACAUCAGAAAACUCACAUAGGUGAGAGUCCAUUUACAUGUUCUGAGUGUGGGAAAUGUUUUACACGUAAAUCACAUCUUGUUCAACAUGAGAGAAGUCACACCGGUGAGAAGCCAUUUUCAUGUUCUGAGUGUGGGAAAUGUUUUACACGGAAAUCACAUCUUGUUCAACAUGAGAGAAGUCACACCGGAGAGAAGCCAUUUUCAUGUUCUGAAUGUGGAAAACGUUUUUCACACAAGUCUUGUCUUGUUAUACAUGAGAGAAAUCACACCGGAGAGGGGCCAAUUUCAUGUUCUGAGUGUGGGAAAUGUUUUGCACAGAAAUCAACUCUUGUUAGACAUGAGAGAAGUCACACCGGAGAGAAGCCAUUUACAUGUUCUGAGUGUGGGAAAUGUUUUUCACUAAAAUCAAAUCUUGUUCAACAUGAAAGAAGUCACACUGGAGAGAAGCCAUUUUUUUGUUCUGAGUGUGGAAAAGGUUUUUCACACAAGUCAUAUCUUGUUAUACAUGAGAGAAGUCACACCGGAGAGAAGCCAUUUUCAUGUUCUGAGUGUGGAAAAGGUUUUUCACACAAGUCAUAUCUUGUUAUACAUGAGAGAAGUCACACAGGUGAGAAGCCAUUUGCAUGUUCUGAGUGUGGAAAAGGUUUUUCACACAAGUCCUAUCUUGUUAGACAUGAAAGAAGUCACACAAGUGAGAAGCCAUUUUCAUGUUCUGAGUGUGGCAAAUGUUUUAUACGGAAAUCACAUCUUGUUAGACAUGAGAGAAGUCACACAGGUGAGAAGCCAUUUUCAUGUACUGAGUGUGGGAAAGGGUUUAUACAAAAAUCACAUCUUGUUCGACAUGAGAGAAGUCACACUGGAGAGAAGCCAUUUUCAUGUUCUGAGUGUGGGAAAGGUUUUAUACGGAAAUCACAUCUUGUUCAACAUGAGAGAACUCACAGAGGUGUGAAGCAAUUUGCAUGCUGAGUGAUUAAUAAAUCAGCUCUUGUUGGACACAGUAGACAUCACACAAGUGGUGAACCAUUUUAAUCUUCUGGAUAUACUCAUCUUCACCAUUUCCCUGCAAUGUUCCUUCAGGUUUUAUCUUAUGUCCUGUGUUUUUUUUACAAUAUACAUGCUGCUACUGGGUGAAAUAAUAAGACGUCAUGUCCUCCUUUACCUCUGUUAUGCAGAUAACCUGUCUUUGUUCCGGGUACUGAAAACAAUACCAAUACUAAAUGUCUAGCUGAGCUCCAGAUGUGGGUGAUGCUAGUUGGCCAUGACUCAGUCCUAGUGAAACAGGUCCAUAUGCUAAUGCACGCCGACUCGCCUGUCUUCUGAUUACUUCCACUCCUAUCCAAGAUUUUUCACGUGCUGCUCCCUUACUCUGGAAUUCCCUACCUCUCCCCCUCAGACUCUCCACCUCUCUACAAAACUUCAAACGGGCUCUUAAGACCCAUUUCUUUACCAAACACAGCCAACUUUAACCCUCUGUUCCACGCUCUCUAUGUACCCCAUCUGUGUCACCCCUGUCUGUCUACCCCUCCCCUUAGAAUGUAAGCUCUCACAAGCAGGGCCCUCUUCCCUCAUGUGCUUAUCCUUUUCUUACUUUAAUAAUCCUCAACUGCCCAAAUCCUGCAGUUUUUUGGCCAUCCUGGAACUUAUCUCUAUGUCAUUUACUGGUGUAGUUAUGCUUAGUUACCCUGUACUUGUCCUAUAUUGUCUUCAACUGUAAGUCACUGUUUUCCUGUUUUGAUUAUGUGCACAUGUACUCUGUAAUUGGGUGCUGCGGAACCCUUGUGGUGCCAUAUAAAUAAAGGAUAAUAAUAAUAAUGUAGAAGCUCAGCAACAAAUGGUAAGACUGCUGCUUUGCCGACCAGACCUACACUUAGGGGUUCAGAGUUUGUAUGGAACCUUUGUGUCCUGGAUGGUGGAGUGACACUUAGACAUCCGGUAUCAGCCACAGAUCCUCAUCUGAGGACCAUAGCCAGACUCCAGUACUUAAGUCCCUCAGAAGAUCUACCUACAGUCAUACAUGCACUUGUAUCAUCACACAUAGACUACUGCAAUGUCCUCUACCUGGGUCUCCCAGCAAUAGAAUUGCACCGCUUGUACAGAAUGCAGCAGCCAGGCUGUUACCUAACCAGCCCGUUCCUGCCCCAUAACAUCCAUUCUCUGCUCCCUUCACCGGCUGCCUGUAAGAUGGUGACUAUUACAUAAUCUUACUGACUCUCCCAGGCCUACGUGACCAGGGCCAAAGGUACCAGAAGCAGCUUCUGCCUCCUUACUGCCCUGGUUACUUCCAUCUGCAGAUGGACUGUUACCAGCAGCACCAAGAAUCUGCCGUAAUUCAUUUGUGGAUGAUCUGUUAGCAUUGUAGCCCUGACCAUGGAACCUGCUGCCUCACACAGUCCAAGAGACCUCCACUCUGGAGACCACAAACAGACUGAUGACUGUUACAUUAAUGUUCCUUCACUUCCUAAAUAAUACAUCCCACAUGCUGAGUACUUUAUUCUGUUCUACUUAUUGUGUAUCUUGUGCUCUGUGUAAAUGUGAAUGUAAAGUUCUGUGAGUGCUAUUGGGAGGAAAGUGCUGUAUAAGUAACAUUAUUACUGGUGAGAAUGACAGGAGUCAGAUCUAGUUACACCAUACGUUACAUAUACAG